ACCGUUAACGGCCUUGACUGCCCCGAAUCCUGCUUAGGUUCAUUUCCCCCUAUCUCAAUGGAAGUCGCUAUGUCUAAAUAGGAGUUGCCGUUUGGGGUAAAACGCGCUCCUCCCGUUAAGUUACCUUCUGCUCUUAGAAGCGGCAACAGGCCCUGACAGAGGUGAAAAGCAAAAUGGUACAUCGCAGAGAAGACCUGCAGUCCGCCAACUCGGUCACAUGGCAGAGUCACUAUUUUAAAAACUCGACCUUGUGCCACACUAAAUUCUUCAUCAUACUCAGGAGUCGUUUUAUUUUCGCGUGUCAGGGAGACCAGUACUUCCGUUUCUUUUUAAGGACCUGUCUGUAGUAAGCAACAGCGCAUGCGCGCGCCCCCCAUGGCUGCCCGGCACGUUGAGUGGCGGAAGUACCGACAUGCCCUGCGCCUUCCGGCUGUUGUGGAAGCGGCUUCUGGGCUCGGUGGGGCUGCAAUGGGGAAGGUAAAUGUGGCCAAGUUGCGUUACAUGAGCCGGGAUGACUUCAGGGUUCUGACGGCCGUUGAAAUGGGCAUGAAGAACCAUGAAAUAGUUCCUUGCAGUUUGGUUACUUCUAUAGCCAGCCUUAAACAUGGUGGCUGUAAUAAAGUUUUAAGAGAAUUAGUGAAACAUAAGCUCAUAGCUUGGGAGCGGACUAAAACUGUACAGGGUUAUCGACUAACAAAUGCAGGCUAUGAUUAUCUAGCUUUGAAAACACUCUCUGCCAGACAAGUGGUUGAGUCUGUUGGUAGCCAAAUGGGUGUUGGCAAAGAAUCUGAUAUUUAUAUUGUUGCAAAUGAAGAAGGACAGCAAUUUGCGUUAAAACUUCACAGACUGGGAAGAACCUCUUUUCGAAAUCUGAAAAACAAGCGUGACUACCAUAAACACAGGCAUAAUAUGUCUUGGCUUUAUUUAUCUCGUCUCUCUGCCAUGAAAGAAUUUGCCUAUAUGAAGGCACUGCAUGAGAGAAAAUUUCCAGUUCCAAAGCCAGUUGAUUAUAAUCGCCAUGCAGUGGUCAUGGAGCUCAUAAAUGGCUAUCCUUUGUGUCAGAUACACCAUGUUGAAGAUCCUGCAUCAGUAUAUGAUGAAGCUAUGGAACUAAUAGUCAAACUUGCAAAUCAUGGACUGAUUCAUGGAGAUUUCAAUGAAUUCAAUCUCAUUUUGGAUAAAGAUGACCACAUCACAAUGAUUGAUUUUCCACAGAUGGUUUCAACUUCUCAUCCCAAUGCUGAAUGGUAUUUUGACAGAGAUGUUAAAUGCAUUAGAGAUUUCUUCAUGAAACGUUUCAGCUAUGAAAGUGAGCUUUAUCCAACCUUUAGUGACAUCAGGAGAGAGGACUCUCUUGAUAUAGAGGUUUCUGCCAGUGGUUACACAAAAGAAAUGCAGGCAGAUGAUGAACUGCUUCAUCCAGUUGGUCCAAAUGAUAAAAAUGAAACAGAGGAGGGAUCUGAAUUCUCAUUUUCUGAUGAAGAGUUGUCAGAAAAAGCAAAGGUUUAUAGAUCGGACAAUGAAAGUGAACAAAACUCUAUAGAUCAAUCAGCUGACUGCCAUUGCAUAUCAUCUGGAGACCUUGAACAAAUAAAGGAAGAUGAUUUGUCAGAGGAGAGUGCUGAUGCACAGAACUUUAAAAUGACUGGAUUCAAUCAAGCUUUAGAAGAAAUAAAAGAUCAGGUGGUUAAAAAUAAUUCUGUAACUGAAUUUUCUGAGAAGAUAAAGAAAACUGGAAAUGACAUCAGGCAAGAUGAUCAGACAGGUCAAGGAGUAAUCCCUACAAGUUCUGAAGAAUAUGAAGAUGAAUGUCCUCAUCUGAUUGCCUUAGAAGAAGAAAAUAUGGAAAAUACUAAUCAAUGUCGAACAAGAACUCUGAGUGUUACUUCUAUGGGCAGUGUAUUAAGCUGUUCAACAAUUCCUCCGGAACUGGUGAAACAGAAGGUGAAACGUCAGUUGACAAAACAACAAAAAUCAGCUAUCAGACGUCGACUGCAAAAAGGAGAAGCAAAUAUAUUUACCAAACAGCGGAGAGAAAACAUGCAAAAUAUUAAAUCAAGCUUGGAGGCAGCUAGCUUUUGGGGAGAAUAAUAUAUCUACAGUCUUAAAUAAUGUCUGUAUAUUGUUCAAAAAGUUGUUAUGAUCCCUUUUUAAACUUCUUUAAAGUCUCUUUUUGAACCAGGGCAGUUAUGUAAACUAUUUCAUCUGUAAAUUUGACUCAUUCAUUGUUUCUUCUAAAGAAUAAUUGUAAGGCCUCCCUGGUGGUACAGGGGGCUAAGCAUCAGCACUGUGAAGCUGUCCCCAACUACUGCAGCACUAGUUCAAUCCCCAGCCAAGGAAGGUGACCCACAUGGUGCAGCAGACCUCUCCUGUCUCACCUGUUGCUCCCCUCAGCAGUGUAUUUUAGUCAAUCCACCUGUUCUGCUCUCCACUUUGUCUCUGGUGAAUCCUCUCACCACCCACACCUCUGGCCUGUACCCGAGCUCUUGUAUGCAUCAAUAAAUCUUUAAAAAAAUAAAGAAUAAUUAUAAUAAUUCUGCUAAAGCAAUCC